AUGACAGAGCAAUACGAUGAUGGGAGCAGGCCAGGAUCCCCACUGGAGGAAGAUCCUGUCCCUGUCCCAUCCAGGUCUCCAGUCCCUGGUCCUUCAACCCCUGCUGCUGCUGCACCAACACCCACUCCCAUAGGAAAAAGGAGGCGGCCACAACCCCGGGCAGAGCCAACGGCGGUGGAGCAGGCCAUUUUAUUCGCCCUGAAAGAGCGCCCUGUCCCUCCACCAACGGCCACCCGGGAGUUUAGCCACAUAGAGUAUUACCUCCUGAGUCUUGCUCCUUCCCUGGAGAGACUGUCCUUCUAUGACCUAGAGACCGAUCGCGAUGGAGGCGAAAAAAUCGCAUCAAACGCCAGGCGUUUUUCGCUUGAAUAUUUGAUGACACUCGCUUCUAUCGCGGCGAUUACUCGCUCUGUUCGCCUGCGGAUUUUCGUCGAGAUUUCGCCUCGCCGCGUCAUCCAAUAG